GACCAAAUGCAUAUGAGGUACCUUUUUGGUGUGACUCUCCAAUCAGACAUAUAAUGAUAACUAAGCUAGCCUUUCACGUGGGCCUGUAUUGAUUGGACAAACUAAAAGCCCAAAGUAGUGACAAAAAUUUAAAGGCCAAAAAGAGGAAAAAGUAAUUGAGUCUUUCAGUUGAUGUUACAGCUGGAACGCGAGUUAUCGAAUGGUAGAUGGCGGCACAUUGAUCCGAACGGGGGAGCAGAUAUUUAGUUUGGUUCUGGUUUGGGCGGGUUUGUUGUUCUGUACGGUGCGGGUCGGUUUCGAGGCCCAAUCCAAGUCCAAAAAAAGGUUUCGUGGCUUAAACCCUUUAAACCUUUUCGAAUGGCUUCUUUCGUGUAGAGGAGGAAGAGGAAGAAGAGUGCAGGUUCAAUAGCAGGACAAGUUCGGAUUUUUGGAAUAUAAUUCACAAAUUCAGAGACUUGUUUUACCCUUUACUGCAUAGCUAGGUGAUUCCAUUCGGCUUUCAUAUUUUGAUUUAUGACCUGAAUCUCGAUUCCUUGACUGCUUUUCAGUUUCAUAAACUUGGGGGUUCUUCCCUCAUAUGGAACUUGAGUUCUGAAACUAAAGUGAGAGCUAUUUGUUGACGGUGAAUAGGAUGGAUCACUUUGCGGGAGCUGAAGAGCAUCUUGCUCAACAAAGACUGAGGCAGAAGCUUGAUGAAGUCAAUGUAGCUGCUCAAAAUUACCUUGCUCCUAUCCAAGACCACGUCAAUUUCACUCUCCAGAAAGCAUAUUUCAAAUGUGCAUAUGAGUGCUUUGAUAGGAGCAGAAGGCAGGAAGAGAUAACUAAUUGUGUCGAAAAUUGCAGUAUUCCUCUUGCUAAUGUUCAACAGACUUUUGAUACUGAGAUGCAAAAGUUUCAGGAGAAAUUGAAUAGAUCUCUGAUGGUAUGUCAAGAUAGGUAUGAGUCUGCAAAGCUCCAGCAGAAAGGUGGGGCCAUGAAUGAUUUGGUUUCCUGUGCUGAUGAGGCGAUCCAAGACAGCAUCAAGAUGCUACCACUUCUUGCUAAUAAGUUGAAAUCCUCCUUUGGCAUUAAGGACAAUGACUCCUUCUAGCUCCAUUUUUUUGUAUCCAAAGAUUUAGUUAUUAUUGUAGAUGGUGCAAAUUUGCAAGAUAUUAUUUUGUAACUCUAUCUAGAGUACACAAUAUUUUGCUGGAUUUCUGUAGUUAGAAUGCUGGGGAAGCUUGAUUUGUCAAUGACUUGAAGCAAUAAUUAUGUGCAUUUCGUUAGGUUUUAUUUCGCUACCUUCAAAUGUAACAUUGUAUACGAUGUGAUCAUUUUAAAUUUAAUCGCAAACAACUUCACCCGUGCAAUCUAGCCACCUGUUC